CCUCAUUCGUGUUUUCAUGAAGAAGGAAGGAACAAAACUUUUGCAGCGCUUCACUUUAAAAAUUGGGAAUUCAAAGGUAAACAGCAUCAAAGAGAGAGAGUAAAGACACAUCAAACUUGUACAAGAUAGCAUGUGAAAGUUUCUUGUAAUGAACGUCAGCUUGAAUCAAACCAGUUAUGCUUUUCUUCCAACAUUUCAAAAGUUAGAGCUUCCUGUUACUGAAGUUAUUCCAGAAUGGUUUACCAUCGCAUUCGCUUCAAUCAACGGAGGAGGGUUCUGCUUAAACGUUCUCUCCUUAUGGUUGUUAGCUACGCGUAGAUUUGUGUACAGAUGUAAAAUUAACGCGUUUAUCGUAUCGCUUUGCUUAUCGGAUCUUCUCGUGGCUUUAUCGAGUUUUUAUUUUCUCGGAACCAUUACCUCAAAUAAUAUCAGUCAAUUUUCAAAACGCGUUGCCACGAUUAUAUUUAGUUUCGCGCUAGAAACAUCACUGAUGAGUUUAUGUUGUCUGAGUUUCGACAGACUUACCGCAAUACGCAAACCUUUUCGAUAUACCGAAAUUUUAUCGAAAAGACGAGUAAUCGUUAUUAUCUUUUUGGGAUGGUUGUUCUGCUUGUGUUUACUAGCGAUACAAUUCGUGUUUGGUUUCAUAUACAAACACGAACGAUACGUUUAUUUCAACUGGAUUGUAUUUACAUCACUCUCGCUAAUCUCGAUAACAUUCUUAGCGUUAGUUUACGUGUACUUGAUUUACGAAAUCCAUAGACAUUCGACGCACAUCAAAUCACAUUCAAUUUCCGCGGUAAGGGAGGAAUACAUUUCUGAUUAUUCAAGCGAUAUCAGUAAAGAUCCAAUCAAUUGCGACCAUAUGACGGACGUAACAUUCGCAACAACCAGUAGCGAACAAUCUCGUUUCGUCCAACAACAACAACGACAAAAUAUCGACCCGUUAAUAAAGCAUCCCAAAGAACAUAGAAAGAGUAUAGAAAAAAGCAAAAGUACUGAUUUGGUGCGUGCAGCCUUAGCAAACACAAGAAAUUCGACUCGAAGUUCGGGCGAACGAAGACGACUGUCAGCACGUGGACAAUUAAUCAAGAGAGAAAGAAAAUCCGUUUUUCUUUGCUUGUGUAUCGUCUUUGUUUUUGCCGCAAGCUGGCUGCCGGUUACCGUAUUUUUUGUCCGAUGUUUGAUCGCUCACUCGUGCGAGAAGGAUGACGCAUUGUUGUUCGUUUGUUCUUGUUUAGUUUCGAUGAAUGCUUUGCUCGACCCUAUUCUUUAUUUUAUCAUCAAACGCGAAUUCCGAGAAUUUUUGUUCGGUAAAGUUUGUAAAAGUACGUCCAGAAGAAACAGUGGUGAUAGCAGACGUGGAAGCAGUGGAAAUUUUAUUUAAUAACAAAUAGAAAUUUUAUUUAUUUUUAUUUCUCUGAAAUACUAUUUCUUUUUAUAUAUAAUGAAUUAAAAUGAAAAAUAAA